AUGGCAGAGCUUGGUGAAGCAGACAAAAUGGCCGCUGAGCAGGAGGAGGCACAGUUCACUGUGCAGGGGUGUCACUUCGUGGAACUGUGUUGGGAUAAAUGUGUGGAGAAGCCAGGGAGUCCACUAGACUCCCACACUGAAAACUGCCUCUCUAGCUGUGUGGAUCGUUUCAUUGACACUACUCUCGCUAUCACGGGUCGUUUUGCCCAGACCAUACAGAAAGGAGGGCAGUAG